AUGUUUGUUUACAAAAGAGAUGGUCGCCGUGAGAAUGUCGCCUUUGACAAGAUUACUGCCAGAAUUAACAAGUUGUGCUAUGGUUUGGACAUGAACUACAUUGAUCCCACUUCAAUUGCCCAAAAGGUUAUCUCGGGUGUCUAUCAGGGUGUUACAACUGUCGAAUUGGAUAAUUUGGCUGCAGAGACAGCAGCCUACAUGACCACCGCUCACCCCGACUACGCCAUACUCGCUGCCCGUAUUGCGAUCUCUAACCUCCACAAAGAGACCAAAAAGGUGUUCUCACAGGUUAUUGAGGAUCUUCAUAAAUACAUCAACCCCAAGACCGACAAGCACUCGCCCAUGAUUUCGGACUAUACUUACAAUGUUGUGGCCAAGAAUGCCGAAAGACUCAACUCUGCAAUCAUUUAUGACCGUGAUUUCGGAUACAACUUCUUUGGCUUCAAAACCCUCGAGCGUUCUUACCUUCUCAAGAUCAACGGAAAGGUCGCAGAGCGUCCCCAACAUCUGAUCAUGCGUGUCUCGGUCGGAAUUCACGGUGAUGACAUUGACUCGGUAAUCGAGACCUACAACCUCAUGUCCGAAAAAUUCUUUACGCACGCCAGUCCAACUUUGUUCAAUGCAGGCACACCUCGUCCUCAGAUGUCAUCCUGCUUCUUGCUGACAAUGAAGGAAGACUCUAUUGAAGGUAUCUAUGCAACCUUGAAGAUCUGCGCCCAGAUUUCCAAGACUGCUGGUGGCAUUGGCAUGAGCAUUCACAACAUCCGUGCUACUGGAUCAUACAUUGCCGGAACCAAUGGCUACUCUAACGGUAUCUUGCCCAUGUUGCGUGUGUUCAACAAUACUGCUCGCUAUGUGGAUCAGGGAGGAAACAAGCGUCCGGGUGCAUUUGCCAUGUACCUCGAGCCCUGGCACCCUGACAUUUUCACAUUCUUGGAUUUGCGCAAGAACUUUGGCAAGGAUGAGAUCCGUGCCCGUGAUCUGUUUUAUGCUCUGUGGAUCCCAGACAUGUUCAUGCGUCGUGUUGAAGAGAAUGGCGAAUGGUCUUUGUUCUGCCCAAGUGAGGCUCCCGGACUUGCGGAUGUAUGGGGAGAUGAGUUUGAUGCACUCUACCUCCAGUAUGAGCGUGAGGGCCGUGCUCGCCAGACAAUCAAGGCUCAGAAGUUGUGGUAUGCCAUUCUAGAGGCCCAGACCGAGACCGGUAAUCCCUUUAUGCUUUACAAGGAUGCCUGCAACCGCAAAUCCAACCAGCAGAAUUUGGGUACCAUCAAAUCAAGCAACUUGUGUACCGAAAUUGUCCAGUACUCUAGCCCUGAUGAGGUCGCUGUGUGCAACUUGGCCAGUCUUGCCCUUCCCACAUAUGUUGUCAACCGCGAGUACUUUGAUUUCAAGAAGCUCCAUGCUGUCACAAAGGUGGUCACUAAGAACCUGAACAAGAUUAUUGAUGUCAACUACUAUCCUGUACCUGAAGCCGAGCUGUCCAACAUGCGCCAUCGUCCUAUUGGCUUGGGUGUCCAGGGUCUGGCUGAUGCGUUUAUGCUCAUGCGUUAUCCCUUUGAUUCCCCCGAGGCCAAGGAGCUCAACAUUCAGAUCUUUGAGACCAUUUAUCACGCCGCACUUGAGGCAUCCAUGGAAAUUGCUGCGACCUUGGGCCCUUACGAGACCUACGCUGGCUCUCCUGUGUCCAAGGGUAAAUUGCAGUUUGACAUGUGGGGCGUCACACCUACCAACUUGUGGGAUUGGACGAGCCUAAAGGCCAAGAUCGCAAAGCAUGGUGUUCGCAACUCCCUGCUGGUUGCUCCCAUGCCCACAGCAUCCACUUCACAAAUUCUCGGCUUCAACGAAUGUUUCGAGCCCUACACUUCUAACCUCUACACACGCCGUGUUCUGGCUGGUGAGUUCCAGAUCGUCAACCCUUGGUUGCUCAAGGACUUGGUUGAGAUGGGUCUCUGGAACGACAAUGUCAAGAACCAGAUCAUGUCAGACAGUGGUUCUAUCCAGAACAUCGCAAUUAUCCCUCCUCACAUCAAGGCUCUUUACAAGACCGUGUGGGAGAUUGCACAGCGUACUAUCAUUGAUAUGGCCGCUGAUCGUGGUGCUUACAUUGACCAGAGCCAGAGUUUGAAUAUCUUUAUUGGCGAGGCCAACUUUGGCAAGCUGACAAGUAUGCACUUUUAUGGCUGGAAAAAGGGAUUGAAGACCGGAAUGUACUACCUCCGUACUCGCCCUGCUGUCGAUGCAAUCAAAUUCACUGUCGAUCAACUUUCUCUCAAGGAGUACCGAGACAAGACCAGCAAAGAGAAUGAAGCUGAUAUGGUUUGUUCGAUCGAUAACAAAGAUGCCUGUGUUAGUUGCAGUGGAUAA